GAACAUAAUUUAGCAGCCCUGGCCCAAGCCCAGUGUGCUGAUGGGAAACAUAUGAGCAGCAACAAUGCAUUUUCAACGUUUGUCAAGAACACGGCGAUGUGACGAGCAGCGAGGGCUCACCAUUCGAGCAUAACCCCACCGAGCCAGUGGCUGCUCCUCUUUGAUUGCUUUUGGGAACUGUGCUUAUACUGAACCACCAUCUCCUUUCAUUUUUCCAAUUCUCCAAUUUUGCGGACAUAGAAUCUAUUGAUGGUAUUACCAGUUUUUUUGUGUGCAUGUUUUCCCUAAGGGAUUUUUUUUGGAAUUAAAAAUAGAGAUUAAUCUCUUUAAAAAAAAAAAAACAAAACAAAACAAAACAAAAAAAGACCUCCCCCACUCGGCAAUCGGACCUCCAGCAUGCGGGCGCUCCUACUGCUGAGCCUCCUGGUUCUGGUCCAGGCCCGGCUGUACAAAUCCAUCAAUAGUCUGGACGUCCUGAGGAGCCGAGACUUGUGGCUGCAGGACGCUGGGGAUGACGACGAUGACGACGACGACGACAAUGAUGAUGACAAGGACGACGACGAUGACGACGACGACAAUGACAACUUCCUCAUUCCAUCCAGGCGGUUUUUCCCUGCGAGCUCCCCUGACUUCCACUGCCCAUUCGCGUGCCAGUGCUCUCGCAGGGUGGUCCAGUGCUCAGACCUCGGUUUGAAAGGUGUGCCAAAGAACAUCCCAACAGAUGCAUUUCUGAUUGACCUUCAGAACAACAAGAUAAACGAAAUCAAGGAAAAUGACUUCAAGGGCAUUAAUAACCUUUAUGCACUGUUCCUGGUCAACAACAAGAUCACCAAGAUCCAUCCACAGGCCUUCAGGAACAUGAAGCAUCUCCAGCUGCUCCACCUGUCCUACAAUCUGCUGAACCAGGUCCCAUCCAACCUGCCCAGCAGCAUUCUGGAGCUGCGAAUCCACGAUAACAAGAUCAACAGGGUCCAGAAGAAUGCCUUCAAGGGAAUGAGGUCUCUCCAUGUCCUUGAGUUGAGUGCGAAUCCUAUUGCAAACAGUGGGAUUGAGCUGGGAGCCUUUGACAGCAUGGCUGCCCUCUACCUGAGAAUAGCCGAAGCUCGACUGACUGCGGUGCCCAAAGACCUGCCUUCCAGCCUCACCGAGCUGCACCUGGACUACAACAAAAUUGGCAAAGUGGAGGUUGAAGACUUUAUCCGAUACAAAAAGCUGCGGAGGCUGGGGCUCGGAUUCAACCAAAUCAAGUUUGUAGAAAAUGGGAGCUUGGCCAGCAUACCCAGUGUCAGAGAGAUUCACCUGGACAACAACAAACUGAGAAAAAUCCCCCCCGGGCUGGACUCUCUGAAGUAUCUGCAGGUGGUGUAUCUCCACGGGAACCAGAUCAGCAGCGUGGGGGUUAACGACUUCUGCCCCACCAAGGCUGGCAUCAAGCAGACACCGUACAUGGGCAUCAGCCUCUUCGCCAACCCGCUGAAGUACUGGGAGGUCCAGCCGCCCACCUUCCGCUGCGUGUCAGGGCGCAGGGGGGUGCAGCUGGGCAACUUCAGGAGGAGAAAGUAGGGGGGGGGGCGGCUGUAUCCCAUGAAACACCCGGAGCCCCACAUCCUGGGAUGGAGAUCCGCAUGACGGCAGAUCACCGCCUCAGAUUAGCUAUUAUUCUAAGAGGACCAGAUGGGAGGAGCACCGCCGGGGGUUUCGGGUCGAACGAACGCUGGCUGUUCAGGACCGGGACUGGGAACUCCCAGUGCAACACUUUAAAUACAGAUUUAAAGCUUUAAGGAAGGAGAACAGCUCUUACUUGAAAAUCAGUCAUUGUAAAAAGGGGAAAAGUAUAAUCCACCAAUGGGAAACCUGCAGGGAUAAAAUGGCAACUACUCUAACACAAAGCCAAUGCUUAGCUUCAUUAACAAGAUACCAAAAAGAAAAUAAUAAAUCAUUAAUGUGUGUUAUUAGGUACUGAAUUUACCUUGAAUUAUACAUGUAAAGCCAAGUGUCACCACAGUCAAAGACUGAAAGAUGCAAAUAACUGUCCGUAUGGUGCUUUAGUACAGUAUAUACAGACUGUCUUGUAAUUCUGUAGCAGAACUGUCAACAUUAAGAUUAUCUGACAAAGACUGAGCUGCAGUCGUGUUUUUUUGCAAAUAUGCAGGAAACAUAAGGAAAUGUUUGAAUGUUCUCUUAAAUUUGAGCGAAAAACAUUAUAGUGAUAGGUCAAGGACAACAGUAUUUUCUUUAUUCCCCAUCCUCCGAACUGUAAAGUGGGUACGGUGACUGGCACUAAAGCUCGGACUGAUCCUGCUGUAAGGCACUGAAAAUGUGUAGCACAGUGGCAGCCAAACCAGGUCGACGGGUGAAUCAACCUCUGCCAGGAGCAAGUGAUGCCACUUAACGUAUGAGACCAGCUACGGGAAGGUUCCAUGGGGCCAGGUUUGGUCGGCCCAAGUCAGAGACCAAUAAAUCACCUUACAUAUGCUCAGCUGUAUAGGAAUCAACAGACAAACAAAUUGCACAACCUGUGCUCAGUGGGUCAUGAACGCACAUUAUUGACCAUAUUCAAGAAAUGUCCACUUCCACCUAAAAUAGACUUAGUUCAGAUUCUGUACUGUCUGAAAUGGUGCUUACUUGGUAAGUCACUGUAUCCGUAGGCUACAUUAAUCAAGUGUAGUAAUUGGCUGCAGACGAUGUGAAGAUCUUUAAGGCUACCAGUGCGUGAGCUAAAAGCUCAUUGCCACAGCAGUGGGCCAAGAGACCCACCUUUACUCAAUGUGUUCUACACCAACUGAAAGAAGUAAAAUUGAGACAGAGCAGUAAAGUUAAGGCAACGUUGCACAGAGAAUGUUGCAGACUUUAUCAUCAAUGUAACUAUAGUUAUGCUGAUAACAUACGACAUGACAGUGAAGCCACUAGACAUCAGACAUAUAAGCAUCAUACCCUCAACUAGACUGUUUUUUCCCCCUGUGCUAUGUACAUCGACCCAUCUUAGUACUUUCGACAUAACAGCAUAAAGCAUCAUUGACAUUUAGAACCCAAAACAGCUGUCAAACUGAACUGAAUCCUAUGGUGACCUGUACGUAUCAAACUGGAUAAGUGAACUGAAGUGCCUUUCACUCAGAUUUAUGCAAAGUGACGGAAGGUUCCUCCCCUCCCAGUGCUGUCCGCUGAUAUACUGCUAUGGCACCAUAGAGAAGCAUACAGACAUAUUUCAGGCACAGAUUUUAAAUUAUAUACGCAAAUGGGUUUCAAAUCAUGCUUCCCAGUGCCCACAAUGACAAAAAUCACUUUUUUCACAUCCUCCUUUAGAUAUUUUUUUUGUUUCAUUAAAAUUUAAACUGCAUGCAGUAAUAGAAAAUGUAUCUGUGGAAAAACGUCCUCUUGAAUUUACUGUCAGAGAAAAGCUUUCCUAGAAUAUUGUUUGAUUUGUUAAAUAAAUUUUCUUCUGAAUAAAUUCCUUGAUAUUAAUAUUUGCUGUAUAUCUAUUCUGUUUUAAUAAAUAGUUCAUGCAAAUUC